GAGUUUGGAGGACUAGUAGGAUGCUGAGUAUCUUUCCUCCUCGCAACUGUUCUCCACCCUGCUCUCCAUGACCUGAGAGCGCCACCACAGCGGGAGGAACGAAACACCAGAGAGAGAGAGGAAGAGGAGGGCAGAAGGCCAGGGAAGGAAAGAAGGAACACACUAUUUUUGUUGUUGUUGUUUGUUUUCCUUUUCCGAAAUGGCGGCGACGGAGGCCAACGCGGCGCCGGUGGUCCAGGAAGAUGGGAAAACCCCAGAGAGCAAGCCGACAGAGGCGGAGCAACCGGCUAACAACGCAAACUCAGAGACUGUCAACAGCGAAGUUGUCGAUAAAGAUGGCCCCGCUGUCAACAGCGAGGUUGUCGAUAACAUAGAGACUGUGAAUAACGAUACAGCGACGGCGGCGGCGGCGGCGGCAGGAGCUGAGGAGGGAGAAGCAGCAGCGAGCGGGGAGGAGGCACCUCCUCAGAGCUCGGAAAACGCUUCCUCCGCUGAGCACAAGACCUCGUUCCUGGACUCCUUCCUCAACAAGAGCGGGCUGGGGAAGGUGAUGGGAGGAAGGAAGAAGAAGGAGCAUAGCACGGCCACCGGAGGAGAGGAGGCCGCAGGUGAAGGAGGGGAAAAAGAGGGAGAGAAGGGAGGCGAGGAGGCCGCAGCAGCCGAGGGAGGAGCAGAGGGAGGUGCAGAAGGAGAAGCAGCGAUAGAGAAAGCUCCAGAAAAUGGGGAGAAGGAGGAGGAGAAGAAGGAGAAGGGCAAACCGGCUGAGGCUAAAUCCACAGUUCGAGAUCUGAUCAGGAAGCCAGUGGCGAGGAUCUUCUCCCAUCGCAGCACCGAGAAGAAAGACGGCACCGCCACAGAACCCCAGAAACCAGUAAAGGUUCGGUCCAAGUCCCUGGACCGGCUGGAAGAUCCCGAAGCACUUAACACCACCGCAGACUCCACCGUAGAGGAGGGAGGAGCGGCAGGAGGCGCAGAGGGAGGCGCAGAGGAAGAACAAAAAGCCUCGUCCUCCUCGGCAGCCACCAAGCACAUGAAGCGCUGGCACUCCUUCAAGAAGCUCAUGGCUCAGAAGGCGCACAAGAAGAGCGUAGGCGGAGAGGAUGGCAAGGAGGAGGGAGCAGACGGAGAAGGAGGCGGCGGAGACUCCUCCACGCUGGACUCCAAGGAGUCGGGGCAGAAGAGGUGGAAGCUGAAACGCUCCUGGACCUUCCAGGGCCUGAAGAGGGACACAUCCAUGGUCGGCAUCAGCGGCAAGGCCAAGGGCUCCGACAAAGACUCUGCAGACAACGCCAAGCCAGAGGAGGCGGCGGCGGAAGGAGUCGAGGGAGAAGAGGAGGCGAAGGCAGAGGGUGGAGCAGAGGAGGCGAAGACGGAGGGCGGGGAGGAGAAGGCUGAGGCAGGGGAGGAGGAGAAGGCGGCGACGGCGGGAGGCGGGACUGUGACGCAACACGCCAACGAGAUCUGGACCUCCUUCAAGAAGCGCGUCAUCCCCAAGUCCAAACGCGCCAACACAGAGUGCGCUGCCAGCGGGGAGGAGGAUGCAACUGCAGCCGCCACCUCAGGUGAGGAGGGAGCCGCAGAGGAGGGCAAGUCCGCCAAGGCCAAGCGCUCGCACUUCGGCCGCGCCGUGUCCCUGAAGAACUUCAUCAUGCGGAAGGGCAAGUCCACCAGCGUGGACCUCAGCGAGGGUGCCAAGGAGGAGGACGUCACGGAGGGAGCAGAGGCGGUGGAAGAAGGAGGCGCCGACGGUGAAGCUGCCACAGCGGUCGAGGAGACCAACGAUAAAGACGCUGCGGCUGAGAAGACUGAGGCGGUGGAGAGCGGAGGGGAGGUGGCGAAGGAGGCGGAGAAGGAGGCGGAGAAGACGCCGGCCGACGCUCCAGUGACCAACGGGGAGAACGGCUGCUCCAAUGGCACGGCGGAGGAGCACGCCACACACAAUCACCAGGAGGAGGAGAAGACGACGGGGGACAGCCCCGUGAAGAAGACCAAGGAGGCGGGAGCGAAAGAGGAGGCCAACGCCAAGAUCAUCAACGCCACGGCAGCUGUGAACAGCGACAAAAAGGCGGGAAACGUGUGAGGCCACACAAAGAGGAUUAGAACUGCCCGGGAUUCGCUGAGCAAGGAGCUCUGAGCCCUCCCUAACUCCUCCUUCCUCCUCCCUAUCCUCCCUUCCUCCUCCUCUCUCCCUUCAUCCCUCCUCCUUUCCUCCUCCCCCCCCUCGAGAGUAAUUAA